AUGUUUUACGAUGAACUCAUACGGAUUCAAUUAAAUUUCCGUCAUGAGGGUCAGUACACGCAAUGGGUCAGCGGCAAUGACCAGAUCCGUUAUCAGAACUAUAAUGAUCAGCUGAACAAUGAUAUUGCCCUGGUCCGCACACCCUAUGUGGACUUCUGGUAUUUGGUCAACAAGCUGGAGCUGCCCAGCUACAACGACCGCUGCAACAACUACAACGGCUGGUGGGCUCUUGCCUCCGGCUGGGGAUACGCCUGGAACGACAGUGGCAUGCAGGCCUAUCUGAACUGCGUGGAUGUCCGGAUCAUCAGCAAUGACCUUGUGUCGCGGCGUUUUCAACGAUGGUUAUGUGAUUGA